UUCAGCGUCACACCGGCUUCCGCUCUCUUUUCGUCGAGGUUCAGCUAGCGGCCGGCCUGCAAACAUGCAGAUCUUCGUGAAGACGUUGACGGGGAAGACCAUCACCCUUGAGGUCGAACCCAGCGACACUAUCGAAAAUGUCAAGGCAAAGAUCCAGGACAAGGAAGGAAUUCCCCCUGAUCAGCAGCGUCUGAUCUUCGCUGGCAAACAGCUUGAGGAUGGACGCACACUGUCUGACUACAACAUCCAGAAAGAAUCUACUCUGCAUCUGGUUCUGCGUCUGCGUGGUGGCAUCAUUGAGCCCUCUCUCAGACAACUGGCCCAGAAAUACAACUGUGACAAGAUGAUCUGCCGCAAGUGCUAUGCCCGUCUGCACCCGCGUGCCGUCAACUGCCGCAAGAAGAAGUGUGGACACACCAACAAUCUUCGCCCCAAGAAGAAGCUGAAGUAGACAUUGACUAAAUGGGUUCGCUGCCAUUUUGUUAAAAUAAAUGUAAGAAAAUGAUA